AUGUGGCAAGGCACAUGCGAGGAAGUCCUAGGCAGAAGAAAGACUCAGCACAAGGAGUGGAUCUCUGGUGAUAUCAUGAAGAAAGUGGAAGAGAAGAAGGAAAAGAAAGCGGUGCUAAAUACAAGCAGGACAAGAUCAGCAAAGACAAAAGCUCAAGAGGGCUACACAGUCACAGAUAAACAGAUAAAGAAGAUAAGAAAAACACCAACACCAGAAACACCUCCGGACAAUCAACCAGCCAAUACAGACCUCCCGAUCAACUGUGACAAGCCAACAAAGACAGAGAUCAGGAGAGCAAUAAAUAAACUUCAAAGUAGAAAAGCGGCAAGACCUGAUGAGAUACCAGCAGAAUCCAUCAAAGCUGAUAUAGAGACAGUAAUUAACAUCCUAUACAACCUCGUCAACAAGAUCUUGGAAGAAGAGAACAUCCCGGAAGAAAGGAAAGAAGGUAUCCUUAUUAAGAUGCCAAAGAAGGGAGAUCUGAGGGAUUGUAGUAAUUACCUGGAGAUCAUGCUCCAGGAACAAUGGUAUACACCUGUACAGUGGACACUCCUGACGCAACUCGACGAUCUUGAUUUUGCAGACGACCUGGCUCUCCUUUCAAACAGCCAAAGCAAGAUGCAGGAUAAAACAACCCACAUUGCAACACCAUCGACAGGAACGGGCCUCAUAAUCAACGUGAAGAAAACAGAGUUGAUGAAGAUAAACACCACUGUCUAA